AUGAGCGCAGAGCCAGAGCCACCUCGCGGAGCUCUCACCAAACUCAGAACACGGCCACAAGACGUCACCAUGCCACCGUCCUCCUCCAUGUCCAAAUCCUCUCCACUUUGCCCGUCCUACUUGGUUUUUCUCUUGCUUUUCUUUGCGUUUCCUCCCGGCCUUGAGGCCUCUACUCUGAGGGACCACCGUCUUCGAGGUGCAGAAUCAAACGUGCCAUCCCCCAACGAGGACAUGCUAAAGGCUCUCGAAUACAUCCAGAGCCUCCGGCAAAACGUUCAACCGCAAGACGACCACCGGGAGAGAGAGAGAGCUACGUCCAACCAGGAGAGCCCACAACAGCGAUUGGAGGAUAAGAGCGAGGAGUUGCUACAGGCCGUUUUGAGCACUCUCCAGCAUACGGAGCCAAAUCCAAAACCGAAAGCCCAGGAAGCGAUCGCGCCGCAUAGAGAGAUGCCUUUGCUGUUUGAAGAUGACGAGAAGGAGGACGCGGAGGAGGCGGCCGAGGACUCCGAUCGGACGGACGAUUUCAAACGCACCAACGAAAACGUGGAGGAGAAGUACACGCCUCAAAACCUGGCCACGCUACAGUCGGUAUUUGACGAGCUCGGGAAAAUCAACUUCAAUUUCAACACAAAACGAGAAAAUAGCGCGGAAGAUGAGAGUUUUUUCAACGCCAGAGAUGCGGCGUACGAUGAAAGAGAUUGGGAGGAAGACCAAGACGAGAGGCAUGAUUUUGAACGUGCGUUGGAUUACCUCGAAGACGGAGAUCAGGAAAACGGCGAUAGCCUUGUCGCUAAAAGAUCCACGGACGACAACGAAGGCAAAAUGGCGAACUUAGCCGACUUCUAUCUGCUGAAAGUGCUGGAGCAGACAGAGGAGGAGGAGCAGAAGAAAAGAGAGAUUGAGGAAGAGGAGGAGGGGCAAGAGCGAAAGGAAAGAAGCACAGCCGUGUUACGAAACAACAUCGACCCCAAAACGAUCUACAGGCUUUUACAGGUUUCGCAAAAGUACCAAAUCCCACCGGAAGAUCUCAUCGACAUGUUGAGAUCUGGGGAAAUCGCCAGGAUGAAGGUCAACACGCCCGUCCAUGCAAAAAAGACGUACAAGAAACCUGAGUAUUUAAGCAGGAGGCUCCCGCUGCGGCAAAAGACACCAGACGAAAUGAGAACGGAGAGGAUUCUAAAGAUUUUAGGCUUGUCCGGAGAUGAAAACCGCAUGCAAAGUCCAUUCAGAAAGCAGUACAAAACCAUAUACAGUCGCCCCGUCUGGAGAGAUGCUAGCAUUAAGCAGCAGCUGCAGCAGAAGCAAAGAUUCCCCACCAAGCAAAAAGACGAUUACGACGACACAGAAAACGAACUGGCGACGUUUUUGGCGGCACGGAUGUUGUCCAAAUACCCCACGCACAAAAGUAGGGUGACCCAAAAGAGGGAGGAGACAACAGAUGAUCAGGCGGGGUCUUUCGAAAGAGCCGUUCAAGACUAUUUUGAUCAACUGGAUUCGGACAGAAACGCAAAAAGUCAGUCCGACGUUGAGAAGAGAGAAGUGGAGGAUUUCGACAACGAAGAAGUCAUGAAGUUGCUGAGUUUUGUAGUAACUCCUGACGAACGGGACGCCAAAAUUACAGAGUAA